AUGUCUGGCGCGGCCAUUCUCCGUCGCAACACCAUACUUGCUGCCUCUGCCGUCUUCGUAGCUACUGUCGCCCGCGCAUCAAUCAUCAUGGCUGCCCACCACACUGGAAGCGCAAGCGAAAGCGACUUGAGCGAUCUGAGCGAGCUCGAGUCAGAGGAGCCCAGUCCCAGACCAGCCAAGCGCGCAAGAAAAGCCAGGUUGACAAACGACUGGAAGGUUGGCCCCCAUGUCUCAGCAGCUGGAGGCGUAGAAAAUAGCAUACUCAACGCUGCGUUUGUUGGAGCGAAUGCAUUCGCGCUGUUCCUAAAGUCCCAGCGAAAAUGGACGUCUCCGCCGCUCAAGGAAACCUCUAUCCUUGCAUUCAAGGCCCGCAUGAAGACAUUCGGAUACUCGGCCUCCCACAUCCUUCCGCACGGAAGUUACCUUGUUAACCUGGGCAAUCCGGACGAAAAGAAGAGAGAGCAGUCGUAUGAGUGCUUUCUAGAUGAUCUGAAACGAUGCGAGGAGCUUGGUCUGCUUCUGUACAAUUUCCACCCAGGAUCAACAGUCGGAGUAGCCACGAAAGAGGAAUCUCAGUCUCUCAUCGCUGGGUGCAUCAACCGCGCACACAAAGAAACUGAACGGGUCGUGAUUGUCCUCGAGAACAUGGUAGGCGGUUCACUUGUCCGUGGAAACGUAAUUGGAUCGACUUUCGCCGAGCUCGGUGCGAUAAUCGCACAGGUGGAGGACAAGAGCAGAGUCGGCGUUUGCUUGGACACAUCUCUAUCGAGGCUACUGCAGAGACUGAAUCGUGUGUCUCGUCUCACAGUGGCAGAGUUCGAGCGCGACGUUGGCCUGCAGUACCUUCGCGGCAUGCAUCUCAACGACUCCAAAGGAGCCCUCGGCAGCAAGAAAGACAGGCAUGAAAACAUUGGGCUAGGUGAGCUCGGCCUCUCCACCUUCGCACACGUCCUCUCGGACCCGCGCACACGCGACCUCCCGCUGAUCCUCGAGACCCCUGCCUACGACGAGCCGGGCACCGGAGCGAGUCGGCUCGGGAAGGAAGGUAUGGACGUCUGGCGGAAGGAAGUCGAGGUGCUCAACCGGGUCGGGAGCGGGGAAGGCGAACAGGGGAAGAUGGACGUGUGGACAGAGGAGAUCCAGGAGGUCGUGGAGAAUGCGAGUACGAAGCGGGGCGCGAAGGGGAAGAGCGUGAAGGGCAAGGCGGGUGGUGGGAGGAAGCGCAAGACGGGAAAACGGAAGAGGGGCGAACAGGAGGAUGCGGAGGAGGACGAUGGUGUGGCGUGCGCGAGCUGUAGCGAGGGCGGGUGA